AUGUUGAUCAUCGUUUUGAUAGUGCUCCUUGCUCUGUAUACCCCAACACACGCUCAUUCUUGGGUGGAAGAGCUCACCCUCAUUGCUCCAAAUGGAACCUUCGUCGGCACUCCAGGAUAUCCACGAGGGAACUACCUGCGCACGACAUCGGGCUUUAGCGACACUGCAAUGACCUACUUGAUCCCACCCAACACAAGGGCAAAUGUAACUCAGAUCCUGCCAACCGACAAGAUGUGCAAGGACACCCAGCAGGAUCAGACUCAGUCAGAGGGAAGCCCUCGACUUGAAGCCAGCGCUGGCGCGGCAAUUGCCCUUCGCUACCAAGAGAACGGCCAUGUGACACUUCCUCAGAACCAGCCCGGAAAGCCUGCGAACCGGGGAUCCGUUUAUGUAUAUGGCACCACACAGCCCAAGACAGGCGAGAAGUUCCUUGAUGUUUAUGGAGCCUGGACCAAAGAUGGAACAGGCGGUGAUGGACGGGGAGUGCUUCUGUCGGUGCAGAACUACGACGACAGUCGUUGCUACCAGGUCAAUUCGGGGCAAAUCUCAGAGACUCGACAAGCGACGUAUACCCAUACAGCAGAUCCGCUGAUGGGAGCAGACCUCUGGUGUCAGCAGGAUAUUCGACUGCCCUCCAAUGCUCCCAGUGGGAAACCCUACACACUCUAUUGGGUGUGGAACUGGCCCACCGCUGCGGGUGUUGAUCCUACGUAUCCCAAUGGAAAGGCCGAAAUCUACACAACUUGUAUGGACGUGGAUUUGGUGAACACGAUCAGCAAGCAGGCAGUCAAGAGUGACUAUGAGACUGACCAAGAUCUCAACAAUGCUGCGAUCCCUUCGCAGUUCGAUGCACUCGGCGUUCCGUCCUCUCAGUCAUCCUCUCAGCUAUCCUCUCAGCCGACCACCUUUGUCACAUCUUUGGCUGCGACAGGGGUUGAGCCUAAGACAGUCACAGUGACAGAUUGGGAGAUCAGCACAAGCACUGUAUUUAUGGCUGGGAGUCAACCCACAUAA